ACUAACAACCAGACAGUUCCAAACAACAAAGUGCAUCAGUUGCUCUCUCUCUCGCUCGCUCUAGCUCUCUCGUACGUUCAAGUCGUCCAUUCAGUGCCUUUUGAUUCUCUCACGCCAGCACAACACUCCCGAGCUCUACUCCAGCUUCUUCUAUUCAUUUGAUUUCACACGUGUUUACGAAUUUCAACAGGUGUAUUUGAUUCAAAAUGGCCGGCAAGAAUAUUAUCCCCGUCAAGCUGGGCGAUUUCAGCGUCCUGGAUUCCGAGUUCAACUCGAUCCGCGAGCGCUUCGACUCGGAAAUGCGCAAAAUGGAGGAUGAAAUGACCAAGUUCCGCUCGGAAUUGCUCAAUCGCGAGCAGUCGUCGUCGCUCUUUUCACGCUCGUCCACCUCGAGCAGCACCACCUCGUCCACCACCAACAACAGCUCUAUGAUGCCGGGUAUGCACAUGUCGGAGGCACGCAAGUGGAUCGGCGAUGUCAAGGAACAAAUGACUUCUCAAAUGUCCUCUCUUUCUUCCGGCACUUCCUCUCACCUGCACAGCGCUUUGGCCGCUCCCGCGUCCGAUUGGUUGACUGGUCUCCACUCGCCGCUCAUUCAAGAGGACGGCGAAGAGAAGAAAUUGAAAUUGCGUUUCGACGUGGCCCAGUACACGCCCGAAGAGAUUGUCGUCAAAACGGUGGACAACAAGUUGCUGGUGCACGCCAAACACGAGGAAAAGUCCGAAACCAAAUCCGUCUACAGAGAAUACAAUCGAGAGUUCCUGUUGCCCAAGGGGACCAAUCCCGAAUUGAUCCGCUCGUCGCUGUCUAAGGACGGAGUGUUGACCAUUGAAGCCCCUCUACCGGCCAUCGCUUCUGGUGAGAAAAUGAUCCCCAUCGCCCAGCAUUGAUGACGCAAUUGUUUUCUCUCGAAUCCCCUCCAAAAAUUCAAAAUUUCAUUUUUUGUGUGUUAAGAAUUCUCAAUAAUUAUUAAACUUUUUUUUUUGUUUGGUUUAAAAAUGUGACACUUUUUCGUGGUCGCAAACAGCAGCUUUAAAGGAAAAAAACAAAUUUUGAUCUAUUUAUCUCCGGAAUCUCAUUUUUGUGGAGGGGAAGGGGUUACAUUUUAAUUAAUAUUGGAUGAACACACCUUUUUUUAAAAAAUUCUUUGGCUUUCGUCGUUUUUUUUUUAUUUUUGGGCCGCACGCGCUUCAUUUGCACAAAAUGGAGCCCACCUCUUUUUAAAAAGAAUUCUGUCGUGUUGGUGGUGUUUUAAAAAAAAGAAAACAGCAUCUGCAAAAAAAAAAAAAAGAGAUAAAAAUUUUUGUUGACGAUAUUUGUUCUUUUUUUUUGUAUUUUUCACUGCCCAAUACACGCAAUCACAUACACA